UUAACAAAAAUCGAAAAAAUAGAGUGUUAGAGAGAAUCGGAAUCGAUCGCGAAGAUGGACGGUGAUGAAGAUUUCUACAGCGGCCACGAAGACUCCGAUUACGAUGACAGCGUGGACGCCGAUUACGAGUUCGUCGAAGACGACGUUGAUGAUUCCGAUGAUCUCGUCUUCCUCCGCCGCCAGCAAAACUAUAGUGUGUUGAGCGAGGAGGAUAUAUGUAAGCUUCAAGAAGAAGACAUCUCAAGGGUUUCUUCUGUUUUGUCCAUUUCAACUAUCUCUUCUGCUAUCCUCCUUCGUCAUUACAAUUGGUGUGUUAGCAGAGUUCAUGAUGAAUGGUUUGCUGAUGAAGAAAAAGUCCGACAUGCUGUUGGCUUGUUGGAUAAACCUCUUGUUGAAUUCCCUUCUGAUCCUGAAGCUGAACUUACCUGUGGUAUUUGUUUCGAGACUCUCCCUUCUGUUAAAUUACAUGCUGCUGCUUGUGGUCACCCUUUUUGCGAUUCAUGCUGGGAAGGUUACAUGUCCACGGCGAUUAAUGAUGGUCCAGGGUGUCUUAUGUUACGAUGCCCUGAUCCUUCUUGCAAUGCUGCUAUUGGUCAGGAUAUGAUCAAUUCGUUAGCUCCUGAGAAGGAUAGGGACAAGUACACUAGUUAUUUUGUUAGAUCAUAUGUUGAGGACAAUAGAAAGACCAAGUGGUGUCCUGCCCCAGGCUGUGACUACGCUGUAAACUUUGUCGUUGGGAGUGGUAGUUAUGAUGUGAAUUGUCGAUGUUCUUACAGUUUCUGCUGGAAUUGUGCUGAAGAAGCUCACCGUCCUGUAGAUUGUGACACAGUAUCUAAGUGGGUAAUGAAGAAUAGCGCUGAAUCCGAGAAUAUGAAUUGGAUUUUAGCAAAUUCGAAGCCCUGUCCAAAAUGUAAACGGCCAAUAGAGAAGAAUCAAGGUUGUAUGCAUAUUACAUGUACCCCGCCAUGUAAAUAUGAGUUCUGCUGGCUCUGCCUUGGAGCAUGGACAGAGCAUGGUGAAAAGACAGGUGGCUUUUAUGCUUGUAACCGUUAUGAUGCAGCAAAGCAAGACGGCAUUUAUGAUGAGACUGAAAAACGCCGAGAGAUGGCAAAAAACUCCCUUGAGAGAUAUACCCACUACUAUGAAAGAUGGGCAACCAAUCAAUCGUCUAGGCAAAAGGCGCUGACGGAUCUUAAGAGGAUGCAAACAGAUGAGAUUGAGAAGCUUAGUGACAUACAGUGUCAGCCUGAAUCACAACUUAAGUUCAUUAUAGAAGCGUGGUUACAGAUAGUCGAAUGCAGACGAGUUCUUAAAUGGACAUAUGCUUAUGGUUUUUACAUACCUGACCAUGAGCAUGGAAAGAGAGAGUUUUUCGAGUACUUACAAGGUGAAGCUGAGUCGGGCCUUGAACGACUUCAUCAAUGUGCUGAAAAAGAAUUGAAGUUGUACUUUGAAGCCAAAGGUCCAUCAGAAGAUUUUAAUGAGUUCCGCACAAAACUGGCAGGUUUAACAAGUGUGACCAAAAACUAUUUCGAGAACUUAGUUCGAGCGUUGGAGAAUGGGUUACCGGAUGUGAACUCGCAUGGUGCAUAUGGUCGAGCCGGAAGUUCAAAGAGUUUAGGUGGGAAAACAAAGGGAUCUAGUUCUCGAGCUGCUGCCAGCAGCUCGGAUUCAUCAGGAGGCCAAUGGGCUUGUGAACGUUGCACACUUGUCAAUCCAAAGUCAGUCACCGUUUGCCAAAUUUGUGAGCAUGGCCGGUGAAGAAGAAAAGAAUGCUUCUUAAAAAGACUGUAUCUUAAAAAGACUGUAUUAGUAAAAUGUUUUUGUAUCGCUUCUAUCGUCAAGGUGGAAGAGUGUCUUUGAAACUGUUUUUGUUUUUUUUGGAAUAUGAGAGCUGAAUAAGUCUUUUACAAUAUAAUUAUAAAUUGGCUUUUUUGGGUUUAUAUUUAUAAUAGAUGAAUAUGUAAACAAAACUUUACAGAGUACUGUUCAUAGCUACA